AGUAACUUGCUCUUUAGUUCACUUAGCAGUUCGCUCUACUUGCCUACUUCAGUCCAAUCGCCUUGUUCACUCUGUCCUUCUCGCAACCAAUCUCCAAUCAAACCCUAACUCUAUCUCUAUACAUCGUUUCCAAUUCUUUCUUAAUUUCGACAAAUUGAAGCAACUGAUACUGUUUAAGCCUUCUGUUUGGGUAUUUGGAUCUAAUUCUUCAGAAUUUGUGUGAUUUUGUUUUACUUUAAUUUCAAGGCUUUUACUUGCUAACUAACAGCUCAGCAGAUAUAGUUGAUCUGAAAAUUGUCAACAACCAAUAUGAGCCUAGCAUGUCUUGUAUGCCACAGCGUUGAAAGUCCAUCGCACUCUUUUAGGAGCUACUCAGUCUCAAGUUCGGACAAUGAGGGAAGAUGUUCUGCCAUCGGAAAGUGCUUAACUAGAAAGUUAUCUCUUCCUCCUCCUAGAGGGAAUUCUUCUAUUGCAUCAACAUCCAAAGUGACCCCACAGCCAAGUAAUCCUGGUAAUGAUGAAAUAACAGGACCCCCAAGACUAGUCCGGAGCCGUGCUGUUAGAAGGGAUCUUGUGAGAGACUGGAAUUUUGAAAGGGUGGUGAUGGAGCGUUAGAUGUUUGCCGAAAGUGAUGGAUUCUCCACUAAUGUGAUAAGAGUUAGAUCUUUAAUUUUGCUGUCUUUUCUAGAUCGUUUCCAUUAUGGGUGCAAUUGAACUUACUUUUCCACUUGAAGAGUUGGAGCAUUUGUAACCACUGUAGGAAAAUAUAAAUGUGAAAACGUUUGUUCA